AUGUCGUCUUGUAGAAAACCGAACGAGAUCGAGAUUGAUGGAUCCAAAGGCGAAGGUGGAGGUCAGAUUCUACGGAACUCCAUCUCCUACGCUACAAUCUUGCGAAAACCGAUCCGCAUUACGAAAAUCCGUUCUAAUCGAUCAAAACCAGGUCUGAAAGCCCAGCACGUGGCUUCUUUGCAACUUCCAACCAGAAUCUGCGGCGUUGUGCUAAAGGGGGAUGCUAUCGACUCACAGAUCAUUCAAUAUGAGCCAGGAAAACCAAGGAUAACAACAAGCCAGCUUGAGCAGAUUAACUUGACGAGCAACAUUGAAACUGCCGGUUCCAUUUGUCUUUUGAUUCAGGCUGCCCUCCCUUGUGCAUUAAUGGGUUCUGCUGUUCCUAUUAGUUUGACACUCCGCGGCGGUACCAACGCAACAAUGGCACCACAAUACGACUACUGGGAACGGGUAUUCUGGCCGACGCUGCGGGAUCUCUUUCAACUGCAACCAAACCAAGUAGAGGCAACUGUUGUUCGUCGAGGCUAUUUCCCCAAAGGUGGCGGUUUAGUUCGAAUUCGUGUUUUGCCCAUUUGUGAAGCUUUACCACCGAUUUCUAUGACAGAGCGAGGACAAGUUGUAGAAAUUUCAAUUCGAGCGUUUCACGCUGGUAAGCUUCCAAUACAUUUGGCGAAGCAAAUGGCAUCGGCUGCCCAACAUUUUUUGCAGCCACGUUUUCCAAAUACACCUGUGUACACAGAGGUUGUCACGGAGAAAGAAGCAGUUGGAAGUGGGUUAGGAAUAAUUAUUGUUGCGACCACAAAUACGGGGUGCCGCUUGGCUGGAUCAGCCCUGAUGGAACGUCAGCAAAAGGCAUUUGAUGUGGGUGUUCGGGCAGCUACCGAACUCUGGUCCACCAUUCAAGACGGUGGGUGUGUGGACGAGUGGCUCCAAGACCAGCUCAUUCUUUUCAUGGCAUUGGCGCGUGGCGAGUCCAAAAUCCUAACCGGAUCAUUGACUCUACACACUCAAUCAGCCAUUGAGAUUGCCAAAGUCGUAGCCUGCGCUGAGUUUGAGGUGACGCGUAUAUUGGACGAGGGAGACGACAUAGUGGCUAAGACUGUCACAAAUUGUCGCUACGGUGAAGCUGGGCGCAUACCAGGUAAACACAUCAUUCGUUGCAGGGGAAUUGGUUUCUCAAGUUAUUGCACCCCAGAAGAAAUCACGCAGAGCGAUAUGAAGGUAUAG